GGGGUAUCCCCGGUGUCUCCUCCAAGCACGGAGUCGGUCGAUUCUGCUGGCAUGGGUCGCACGCUGAACUGCAUCGCCGCCGUGUCCCAGAACAUGGGCAUCGGCAAAAACGGGGACCUCCCUUGGCCUCCGCUCAGGAAUGAAUACAAGUAUUUCCAGAGAAUGACCACAGCCUCUACAGUAGAAGGUAAACAGAAUCUGGUGAUUAUGGGUAGGAAAACCUGGUUCUCCAUUCCUGAGAAGAAUCGGCCUUUAAAGGACAGAAUUAAUAUAGUUCUUAGUAGAGAACUCAAGGAACCUCCACAAGGAGCUCAUUUUCUGGCCAAAAGUUUAGAUGAAGCCCUAAAACUUAUUGAGCAGCCAGAAUUAGACAAUAAAGUAGACAUGGUUUGGAUAGUAGGAGGCAGUUCUGUUUAUAAGGAAGCCAUGAAUCGGCCAGGCCAUCUUAAACUAUUUGUGACACGCAUCAUGCAGGAAUUUGAAAGUGACACAUUUUUUCCAGAAAUUGAUUUGGAAAAAUACAAACUGCUUCCAGAGUACCCUGGCGUGCUCUCUGAGGUCCAGGAGGAAAAGGGCAUUAAGUACAAAUUUGAAGUAUACGAAAAGAAUGAUUAAUGUAAAUAUGUUUUCUGCUUUAUUUCAAUUAUGCCAAACCCCUCCCCUUGAAAUUAAUGUAUUUUUGCAUUGGAGAAAGAGACUUACAUUUACUUUCCAUCUAUA